AUGCCGCGGGAAGUGCGCAUUGGUCCCGACCCUGAGGUCAUUGGCACCGAAGGACAAAUCGAUGACAUGGUCAUGGCGCUGAUUGAGCACGCCAACGAUGCCGUUGUUUCUGUUCGCCAGACCUUUCAAAGCUCCCUCAAGGACAUUGGUCGCCAGCAGCCCUUGCUCCUGCUCAGCUCCUGUGAAACAUACCUGCACAAGCAUCAAAAGCUGGAGAUGGGGCACCGCAUCUUUUUGAUCCAGCUCAUGCAGGCUAUUGUCGGUGAAAUGGGUGAUCGCAUGCCGCCUCUCCUGGCUCAGCGUCUUGUGCGUUUGGCAGCGCACGAAAUGACCGUGAAGCAAGAGAUCAUUCCCGAGUGGCAAAGCGCAGCAUCAGGCCUUCUCGUAGCCUGUGGUAACGUCUAUGGCGACAUUGUGCUGCAAACGCUCAAGGACAUGUACCAGCCCGGCGUUGUACCACACUAUUUUGUGCUCAAGACGCUCGGCGACUUUGCCGUCUCCAACUAUGUUGCGGUGGUACCCUCUUUGUCUGAGCUUAUCGGUCGCAGUCUGCCGAUGCUGGGCAUGAUCAAACACGACAAUAUGCGAUGGGUCUUUGCUUUUGCAUUUGCCAAGUUUGCCGAAGCCAUUCUCAACUAUCUGGCAAACAUGGACCGGGCCACCGACAAAAGCAUCACCAUUGACCGGUUUUCCGAAUCCAUGUUCAGCGCUUUUGAAGUCUUCUUCAAAGUGUGGCUCAACUCGCGAGAGGCCAAGCUUCGCCUGCAAGUGGUCGAGGCAUUGGGUGUCAUGUCCCACGUGCUGUCGCGCGAUAAGCUGGAGUCACUGACACCGCGUCUGAUUCCGGGCAUGAUCAACCUGUACAAAAAGUUCACGAGCGACAUGUUGCCGCUGACCAAGGGCCUGUGCACCGUUCUGGACGCCUGCACGCGCGGAGGUGACACCAUGCUGGAGCCUCAGCUUGAGUUCAUGCUCAACAGCUUGUAUCCGCUGCUCCAAUACCCGCCCUCCUUCCAAGAUCAAGCGGGCAUGCGCAACUACAACGAGUUGCUCCGCUGCUUUGAGAAGCUCUGUAACGCCUUUUCCGAUCGCCUGCUUGCCUUUAUGUUCAUCAAGCUCGAACAACCAGAAGAGCGCAGUCGCGUGGGUGCACUACUUGUGUUCAAGCACCUCAUCAAUGCGUGUGAUGAAAAUUUGCGCGACAAGCGGGAGCUAAUUGUGACCGGACUCAAGCCUUUGCUUGAGGAUCAAUCGCUCAAGGUUCGACAAACACUGGCUCAAGUGAUCAUUGCCAUGGGCCAUCAUGACUACCUGCACCUGGAGGGUGGCCAAACGCUGCUCAAGUUUAUCGUCCGCCAGUGCGCGCUGGUUGAGCCAUGCAUCACAAUAGCGAGCAAAUUUGAUGCUGGCACGCUCUCAACCAAUGCUUUGCCGGUCGAGCAGGAGGUCGAUGACAUUAACAGCCCCAAGAAACGCGCUGGCCCAGAAGACGUCACCGUGCCACAGCUUCGUGCCAUGUGCGACAGCAUUCUGUUCAUGGCCACCAAGACAAUUUCAUGCAUGGAGCUGGUGCUUUGGCCGUUUCUUUUUGAGUUUUUGGUGCCCUUUGAAUAUACCGAGGCCGUGCCUACUUUGUGCAAAUGCUUGACCCACUUGGCCGACAAGUUUAGCGAAGCAGAAAGUGACAACUAUGACAUUGACUUUGAGGCCAAUGUUAAUCUGCCCCGCCCACAGGAAAUUCUAGCUCGCUGUGUGGUCUUGCUCCACGAUGCCAAGUACCGCCGGCGCGGCUGGGAGCUGCUUCGUCUCCUUCAGGCCAUUUCCGUCAACCUGCACGAGGAGGUUGAGGAGCUAUGGGAUGAGGUCAUUCCCAAAAUGAUUGCAUAUUUGGAUUUGCACCUGGAGGGCGAGGAAGAAUGGAAGCCCGAUGCCUGGGAGGAUUUGCUUCUCAAGUUUUUAUCUCGCUCUCUCGAUGCCAUCAACGAGGAGGAAUGGAUUCUCGAGGUGGGCCGUGCGCUGGGCCGACAUUACGUGCUCUAUCCUGGAGAUGCCAACGCGCGCAGCAUGCUAUCCAAAUGUUUGGGCGUGGUUUUGCGCAAGUCGGCCAAGAAGGACUUUAUCGAAACGCACUUGGAUAAGGUCUUUCUCUCUGUGGACCACAACAGCCAGGUCGAGCGUGAGGGCUGUGCCAAGGGCAUUGGAUUUGCCGCUUCAUCCCACCUGGACAUUGUUAUUGAGCGCCUGCAAGCGCUUCAAAAGCAGGAAAUGGUUCGCAAAUCGACCGGAUUCUUGGGCAUGAUGAAGGACAAGAGCGAAUCGGAUGUCAACCGCAUCAAGGCAACUUUGAUGUUGACCUACGGUUACGUCACCUUCUAUGCCCCGCCCCAGCUCAUUACCUCCCGUAUUGAAGUCAACAUCCUCGCCACCAUCAUGCCUCACUUUGCCAACCCCCGCGAGCGACUGGUCAAGGAGAACUUGAUCCGCUGUGUGGAGCUCAUUGGCAAGAGUUUGCAUGAUGAUCACCUGAACAAGGAGCAAAAGUUUGUCAUGCACCGUCGCCAGGAGGUGCUGGACCAUAUGGAAAAGUACAUGCAAGCAGAGCCCUUGAGUGGUGUCACGACCCGCACCCGACAGCUUUGCAUUGAAGCCUGCUCCACGCUCGUCCAGCUUGAGCCUAAGCUGUCGGAUGAGCAGCUGCACCAGCUGCUGCAAAUUGCCAUGUCCUGUGUCUUUGAUGCCGCACUCGCGCCAGAGGACAAUAAAGAACAGAUGGAGUUGCACCGCGAUGCGCGACGCAGUAUUGACGAGCUGCUCUCCAUUGUGGUGGCGAAAGACUGCACCGCCAUCAGUUUGCAGAAUCGGUUCAACCAGAUUCAGCCCUGGCUGACGUCGGCGACCGACCAUCAACGAGAAUGGGUGGCCGACCACUACUAUCACAUGUUGCAGGCUCUUUACUCGGAAAUUCGCAAGCAUUGCAAAGCCGGCGAGCAAAAACCACCCUUUGACGGCUUGGGCAAGUUCUUGGCCGACCUCGUCCCGCGCUGCGCCGACCCUGUGCUCGCCGUGCGCCAGAAUGCUCUUCGUUCCGUCUUGCUUCGCGUGCAGCAGGCGCUGGCCGGCGAGCUGGACGAAGAGGACCGCAUGAUUGAUGCUCUGGAUCAGCUCAUCGAGCGCGCCGAGGAUGGAGAGGCGCAAAGCCUCUUUUCUGUUGUCAACGACUUGGCCAAGGUGCUAGCGCGCAAGGUGGCUGAGACUGAGCUCUUGGGCUUUCUUUAUCCUCUUCUCGAGGGUCUUCUGGACCGCCAGUGUGAUAGCGCUGACGGUUCCUGCGUGGUCAUCAACGGCAUCUUCCGUCUACGUGGGGCUGAACUGGAGAAUGAGACAGAUGCCAUUAUCGAUGCCCUCCAUGCCAAGAUGGCGAUGGUGUCACAGGAGCGAACGCACACGGGUAUUCUGCGUGCCAUUCGAACACUGGCCACCCACCACCUGGAGCUGGUGACCAAAAAGUUGCUUGCGUGCGAUCUGCCUUACCCUGAGCACGUGGUGGCCACCUGGCACACUUUGGCCGGAGACGCUACCUUGGUCGAGCAGAUCAUGAAGGACCUGAUGGCCAUGCUGAACACGGCGCAACCGUACGAUGCCAAGGACAAGUUUCAGCUCGAUCGACACGCCACACAGCCGCCCAUGAAGGCCAUGUGCGGCUUGAAGGAGAUUUUAUCGGUGGAAGAAACAGGGCCUUUGACCAAGCAGUACUACGCUGAACUUCUGACGGUUCUGCUCUGCCGUAUCACCUGUUCUGUGAACCUCAAGGCUAGCAAGGGACUGUCACCGGGCAAAGAUGCCGUUGACGGGCUGCGGAAUUUUGUGGACCGCAGUGAAAGCACUUACAUUCGCGAAGCUCUCGAAGCCGAGGAUGUCGAUGGCUGGGAAAUGUUUAUGAACGAGACAGAGAUGACUGAGGCGAUCAUGAUUGUGGUCAAGGCCAUUUGCGAGAGCAACCCUGAAGCGGUGCCGCUGCUCGUGGCAUCCUUUGACCCCGUGCUGAAGAAGGUGUAUGACAUGCAGCGCAUUGCUGGCGCCGCAGUUUACGCUGAGAUUAUCAAUCAGCAGUGCGCUGGUCACACAAACCUCAUCAACAAGCUCAAGAACGGUCUGCUCAGCAAGCUCGUUGAUACAAAUCAUGUGGUGCGCAUGCUGUGUAUCCGAGGCUUGGGCAAUGUGUCCUCACUGCCGGAGAAUCAUUUGCGCAAGCAUUCGACUACGGUUCUCUCGGCCAUGAUGAAUGGCAUGGACGAUCGCAACGACCCCAACGAUGACAUUACACUCGAGGCGAUGCGCGGUCUGAGCAAAAUUUUUGCCAAGGUGGAAGAGGAUGCCAUUCGAGCAAUUUUGAUCAACAUCUCACUUCGGAUACGGCCUUGCUUUGACAACCCCAAGCCCAAUGUUCGAGGCGCGGCAAUGGAGUUGUUUGGCAACUUGGCGCGUUUUGGGGAUGGACCAUCCAAGGUUCCCUUCCUUGAGCAGAUUCAUUCCAACAUCAUCACGUUUCUCAUGCACGUGGAAGACGAUUCCGUGGAGAUUCAGGUGGUCGUGCGCGCCGCUCUCAAGAAGCUAGCGCCGCUGCUGGAUUCGCCGGAGCUUGUCGAGUGCUUUGAUGACCAUUUCAAGGAGGGUCGCACAUUCCAUUAUGGCGAGCUGCUGAACGACUUGUCCAAGCUUUUUAUCAAACUCUUUCCAGACAAGAUUGGAUUUUACACCAUGACGGCAGUCAAUUUUUUCCGAUGUGACUGGCAGCCCAAGCUGCGCGCCAAUGCCGUCAUGCUGAUUGGGUUCUUGCUGGGCAACCUGCCCGACGAUCACCGAGGCGAGAUCACCAAGGAGCAUGUGUGCGGCGAAAUGAUUCGGCUGUUGCGUGAUCCCAACCCGCAAGUGCGCCAGCGCACAGCCGAGGCCAUGAGUUUCAUGUGGGAAUAUUAGUAAAUUUUGUUCUUUCUUUUUUAGGCCUGAGGCAGGUUUUCUCGUCUUCCUUCUCUUUGCACAAAGCCGGCAACGGUAGCGCGCUCACGCCUUUUUGAGCGCUGUAUUUGGCCGCCUUUUCUUUAUCUUGUCUGUGUGAGUGUGCGUGUGUAAUUUCGGCCUUUUUCAUCUUGUAUUCACGCGUCAGUCGCUCUCUUCCCUUGCUUAAGAGCCGUGUCACAUCUGAUGCUCGCUCGCUCCCUUUCUCUUCUCCCAUGCGCGCCCCUAUUUGAGCUGACUGGCCUUGCUGGCGCCGUGCAAUGAUGCCAACAUCAUUUUGAAACCAAGAAACCAAAAAAAAAUU